GCGCGCGCGCCCCUCCCGCGCCCUACAUCCACCACCCCGCGAGGGGGCUCAGUCCGCAGCCGCCGCCGCUGCCGCCGCCGCUUCGGCUUCGGUGCAGGCAACGGCCGCCGGCGAGACAGCUGAGCGGACGAGCAUCCCCAAGCAGCACAUUGGAAGUGGCUCUCAACGAUAGCUGUAUCCAGCCCUUGUAGAAUACAUCCUGUUCUCACACAUCUAGUGUGAGGUCCCUCCAGCUACAGGGUGGGCACCAUGGCGGACAGGAUGGACUGUCACUACUGCAGGGACCCCUUGCAGGGGAAGAAGUAUGUGCAGAAGGACGGCCACCACUGCUGCCUGAAGUGCUUUGACAAGUUCUGCGCCAACACCUGUGUGGAAUGCCGCAAGCCCAUUGGCGCAGAUUCCAAGGAGGUGCACUAUAAGAACCGCUACUGGCAUGACACCUGCUUCCGCUGUGCCAAGUGCCUUCACCCUUUGGCCAAUGAGACCUUCGUGGCCAAGGAGAACAAGAUCCUGUGCAACAAGUGUGUCACUCGGGAGGACUCCCCCAAGUGCAAAGGGUGCUUCAAGCCAAUCGUGGCAGGAGAUCAAAAUGUGGAGUACAAGGGGACCGUCUGGCACAAAGACUGCUUCACCUGCAGCCACUGCAAGCAAGUCAUCGGGACUGGAAGCUUCUUCCCCAAAGGGGAGGACUUCUACUGCGUGACUUGCCAUGAGGCCAAAUUCGCCAAGCAUUGCGUGAAGUGCAACAAGGCCAUCACCUCUGGAGGAAUCACUUACCAGGAUCAGCCCUGGCAUGGCGAGUGCUUUGUGUGUGUUACCUGCUCUAAGAAGCUGGCUGGGCAGCGUUUCACCGCUGUGGAGGACCAGUAUUACUGCGUGGAUUGCUACAAGAACUUUGUGGCCAAGAAGUGUGCUGGAUGCAAGAACCCCAUCACUGGGAAAAGGACUGUGUCAAGAGUGAGCCACCCAGUCUCUAAAGCUAGGAAGCCCCCAGUGUGCCACGGGAAACGCUUGCCUCUCACCCUGUUUCCCAGCGCCAACAUCCGGGGCAGGCAUCCGGGUGGAGAGAGAACUUGUCCCUCGUGGGUGGUUGUUCUUUAUAGAAAAAAUCGAAGCUUAGCAGCUCCUCGAGGCCCGGGUUUGGUAAAGGCUCCAGUGUGGUGGCCUAUGAAGGACAAUCCUGGCACGACUACUGCUUCCACUGCAAAAAAUGCUCCAUGAAUCUGGCCAACAAGCGCUUUGUUUUCCAUCAGGAGCAAGUGUAUUGCCCCGACUGUGCCAAAAAGCUGUAAAUUGACAGGGGCUCCUGUCCUGUAAAAUGGAAUUUGAGUCUUGUUCUUUGUGUCCUCUCUCUCUGCCCUACACCAUCCAUAGGGAAAGAGCGGUAUUUCACUUCCUCAAAGUAUGCUCCUUCUGGCUUUACUCCCAUUUUACAGUAUUAUUCAGAGAAGGGCACACCAUGGUCAUCUUAGGAUUUAGCCAAAAGCAAUUCUGCAGCUGACUUAAUUUCUCUCCAGCUGCAGUUAAAAAACAAAAACUUAGAUAGGUUGACUCUUCUGCAUGUUUAUCAUAGAGCAGAACAGCGCUAACCAUUUAGCCACUUAGUGAUGUAAGCAAGAAGCAUAAGAGAUAACCCCCCAUACACACACACACACACACACACACACACACACACACACACUGUGGUGGUUUUCAUGGCUCAGCCGAGCCCCACCGUCUUGUCACACGUGUAGUCACGCGACAUGCAGGAGUUGCAGCGGCUGCUUCAAUUCAGCUGUUCGCCCUAUCCUGUAAGCAGAAAAAGAACUUACCAAAAUGCACGGUUGAACUUCCUCAUCAAGACUAUUACCUGCCUUCUGUUCUUUUGUGCUUUCAAAUGACUAAUACGAGUUUCCAGAAAAUUAACGUUUGAACUUAGCUGUUGAUUCUAAACUGACCUUGUUCUGUACUAACGUUUGAUUUCCCUGUGUGGUAUGUUCUCUGAGUGUUCCAACUUUUAAAGUGUGGAACAUGCAGGUGAUUUGGAAAGGGUAAACCGGUCUGAGAAAAUGAGCCUGUUUCAGAUGGACAUUGUCACAGAGAAUCCUUUUGGAAGCCUAACGAAACUAACCCCACUGUCCUUUUCAUGUUUUUUUUUAAUUAAUAAUAGUUUUGUUUUGUUUUAAUUCAUAGUUUGAGUUUUGAAACUUGCAUGAAAAGAUUUUGUUUGGGCCCCCUCAAAGCUGAGAUUCGUCCCACGGAAAUAACUGUAAAACUCUAUAGAGGGGUAGCUGAGCAGGCGCCAGAGCUCUCGUCCACAUGGACACGACAUGUCAAAGCAGCGACAGGUUGAAUCUCUUGUAACAUAGUAGUUGUCUGCUCUUUGUUCACGUGUUAAGGAGGACUGUGGAGUCCCUUCGCUUGUGAUUCCUAGGAUUUGUCUUCGGUAGCUUAGCUGGAUCUCUGGGGGAGUGGGGAGGCCACCAUCCUCACAGGUAGAACUGGAUUUCCACUGCUUUCGUGAAAUGCAGGAUCACCUGCUUACUGUAUUCUACAUGGUUAUAUUACAUAGUAUAACGAGAACAGUAUCAACAGUAAUCGUGUAAUGACAAUACAUAUUAACAUUCUUGUUAGGAGUGGUUAGAGAAGCCGACGCCUCAUUUUUACAUUUUGUCCUUAGCUAUUAUCAUCUAACAUUUCAGUGUAUCCUUACAGAAAUAAAGCAGCAUAUAAAUAAAGAACUUUUUGCCUCU